AUGGCUGGCCCUAACGUUCUUACCUUCGAUGCUGAGGGACGUGCAAUCGACUUCAAUGUCUGGGUAGACGAUCUGCAGCUGUUUCUUCAGUGCGAUAGCAAGGACGGAGUCUCGCUUUUUGAUCUCACGUCUGGCGCCUCUGCUGCACCUGCUGCCGAUGCUGACAGUACAGUUCGCUCGCACUGUACUACUCGUGACGCUGUUGCUCGCCUUGCUGUUCGUAGUCUCCUGCCUUCUGCUGAGCGCUCGCACUUUGGCCAGUACAAGACUGCUAAGUCUUUGUAUGACGCUGUCGUAGCGCACUACUCCUCCCCUGCCAUUGCUACCCUCAGCCGCCUCAUGCUACCGUACCUGUUCCCUGACCUGGCCGUCUUUGCCACAGUCGCUGACCUCAUUACUCACCUCCGCACUAGUGACGCCCGCUACCGCGCUGCGCUUCCCUCCGAGUUCUGCGCCAAGAACCCCCGCCCCCCCCCCCCCCCAUCUGAGAAGAGUAUAGUUGCUGUAGGUGCUUCUCGCGGCAACCCUCGCGCCCCGUUCUUUGAGGGGUGUUCCCCCGUUCCCCUUCUGCCCUCUGUUGCUUCUACUUCUGCUAUCAACCUCCUUGGCACGGAGGAGGUCGGGGCUGCGUCUGCUCCUAGUGGGAGGCGCCGCAGUGGCAGAGGCAAGGGGGGCAAGGGUGGUGGAUGA